GCAACGCGGGGAGAUGGUGAGAGCCCCAGGCGGGGUCCGGGUGCGCUUAAGAGUCUUAGCGAGGGUUCAGGACCAUGGGCGACAAGGAACAGGCUGAGGUGGCAUGUGGAGCCUCCCACCACCAUCCUGGUCUUGAGAUCCGGUGACUCCUUGCCUGUUUGUCAUCAUCCCCCAGAAUGGACCGUGGCGGCCUUCUGCCCUUCCAGCUCUGGUGUCCCCGGCCCUUUGGUACCUACUCCCAGAACCAGCCGCGCCCACCUUCCACAUCCCUCAAGUCAUCAGCCUGCUCCGAGCCAGGCAGUGGGGCUGAGCCUGACCAUGGGCCUGCGCACUCGGAGAAUACCCCGCCUGCCUUGGCCGCAGAGGCCCCUGCUGCUCAGCCUGCUCCGCUCCUCUCAGCGGCAGGUGCUGGUGAUGAGGGCCGAGUCCUGCUGGACACGUGGUAUGUUAUCAAGCCUGGGAAUACAAAGGAGAAGGUGGCCUUCUUCGUGGCCCACCAGUGUGGUGGAGGCAGCCGGGCCAGCUCCAUGAAGGUCAAGGGGCACUGGGGCAGUGACAGCUCCAAGGCCAAGCGGAGGCGGCGCUGUCUGGAAUCCACCAAAGCUCCUCCGGACCCAGGGGGCCGGGAGGGACCCCCUGCUGCCGAGGGGGGCCCCACUUCAGCAGGGGAGGAUGUGGACUUGCUCUCUGUAGCAGAGAUGGUGGCCCUGGUAGAACAGAGGGCCGCCCUGGCCCUGCAGAGCUAUCCUCGCCCCACCACCCCAGCGCCUGUGGUCUUUGUGUCAGCUGAGCAAGGUGGACCACCUAAGGGGUUGGGGUCUGAACGGAGGUCUGGCGGUGGUGACUGCAGUCGUGUGGCUGAAGCAGUAGCCCAUUUUGAGGCUCAGCGGGACAACCCUCCGACCAAGGGCCUCCGCAAGGAGGAGCGGCCAGGGCCAGGUCCUGGUGAGGUACGCAUUGCCUUCCGCAUCUCCAAUGGCAGGGAGCCCCGCACAUCAGACGGCAGCCUACCCAAUGGAGGCGGGGGCCGGUCUGGUUGUGCUUUCCCUGGCAGCCCAGGUCCUGGGGCUCGAACCAAGGACAAGAUCACCUGUGACUUAUACCAGCUCAUCAGCCCUUCCAGGGAUGCCCUGCCCAGCAACGUGGAGUUCCUGCUGGCUAGGGCAGAUGAAGCCAGCGAGGCUGAGACCCCAACCCCUGCCAGGCCUGAGGACACGCCCCCCGCCCCACCCCCACCCCCUGCCCGGGACUGUGGAGCGUCAGGCUUUCACGUGGAUGUGGUGGUGACAGGUGUGGUGGACGAGUGCAUCUUCUUUGGUAAGGAUGGCACCAAGAAUGUAAAAGAAGAGACAGUGUGCCUGACUGUCAGUCCCGAGGAGCCACCCCCACCCGGCCAGCUCUUCUUCCUCCAGUCUCGGGGGCCAGAUGGGCCCCCUGAGUCACCCCCAGCUGAUGCGCCAACCACGCUGCCAGGCCCAGAUGAUGCUGAGGGGACAGCAGACACCUCCCUAUGCCGCCUUUAUCGUCACGUGUCACACGACUUCCUAGAGAUCCGCUUCAAGAUCCAGAGGCUACUGGAGCCACGACAGUACAUGCUGCUGCUGCCCGAGCACGUGCUGGUCAAGAUCUUCAGCUUCCUGCCCACAAGGGCCCUGGCAGCCCUCAAGUGCACCUGCCACCACUUCAAGGGCAUCAUCGAGGCAUUCGGCGUCCGGGCCACAGACUCACGCUGGAGCCGAGACCCGCUGUACCGCGAUGACCCUUGCAAGCAGUGCCGCAAGAGAUACGAGAAGGGUGACGUGUCACUCUGUCGAUGGCACCCCAAGCCCUACCACCACGACCUGCCUUACGGACGUUCCUACUGGAUGUGUUGUCGCCGAGCUGAUCGUGAGACACCAGGCUGUCGCCUGGGCCUGCACGAUAACAACUGGGUGCUGCCCUGCAAUGGGCUGGGUGGGGGCCGCACUGGCAGGGAGGAGGGGAGGUGAAGCCGGGGGAGGGGGAGGGAGCUCAUCAUGCCUACCCCUCCCCCAUCCCCUGGGAGCCAGGGACCAGGACUGGGCCACCAGCCCACACCCCAGUCCAGGAAGUGUUGAUCACCCACCAGAACUGAGACCAGGGUCAGGGUGACCCACAAGAACACUCUGGUUGACCCCUGUUGGUUUUGUACUCCUCAGACCCAGGUCCGUGGACCCUCAAGUAGGGUGUUUUUUUAUCAGCAUCUCAGUUUCUUCUCCAUUCAGCCCCAACACCCUCCCUGCCACUCUCUACACCCCAGGGACUCACCAGCAGGGAGCUGACGGCAGCUAAUUUUGGUACCACCUAAGGCUUCCCCAUGCUGGCCCUCUUCUGCGCCUUCUCUCAGUUCUUCAUCUCUGGAGCUGUUUUCUCCAAGAGGCUACAGCAUCCAAGGUUAUACCUUUCUAAACUUACCAACUAGGGCUCACCUUCUUUUUUGGAAUUGGGGGCCAUCAGAUCGCAAGGUAGAUCUGGCAAUUUAUCAUAGCAGCCUGCCAUUUCUAUGUUUUCCUUAUGAAAGAAAUAAAAAUCAAUGUUUUCUCCUUAAUCUCAAGCUACCAGUCUGUUCCCUUCCCCUACAGGGGAAGAGAAAAAAAAAAAAAAACAACCCUGAAUUAUAGAAACUUUCCUUCUUCCCAUUAUUUAAGCUAUUGCCUUCACUCCUCCCCCAGUAAAGCUGUGAAGCCCUUUGCCUCGCUCUUGACAGCGUGGGGGGCCAGAGGGCAAAGGACUGUGGGUUUGAAUUUCUAGAUGGUUUUUCCUUCAACUGUGGGUACUUGUUAAGGCAUUGGGGUCUCUUUAUCCCCAGCCACGUUUCUUUAGAAUCUUUUGGUCAUUUGGGACCUUGAUUUUCAGGCAGUUUGGUCUGGGGUGUUUUUUUUAUUUGUUCUUUUUGGGGGUUUUUGUUUUUUCAUAAUUGUGGUUCUGGAAGCUUCUAGUGUGUGGCAUCUGACCAAUUUUGAAUUGGUCCUUUCUAUAAAAUCAAUAUUUAUAAGGCUGG